AACAUAAUGCAAAAUAGUAAGGAUGUAUUUGUUCAAGAUGCUGACGAGUCAUUCAGGGUAAUGACACUGGUUGACUUUCGCGAUUUUCGUGAUUUGGCUCUCUCUAGCGUUCCGUCAUGGACCACGCAUCUUUCUGGAAAGAUACUUGUGCAAUCAAGGGCGUCAGGGGAUAGCUCAAGCAAGCUAAACAUUAUACGGGCGAAGGCUGUUAUGGAGCGAGUUCCUCCUGAGGUGCUGUAUAAUCAGCUACACGAUUCUAGUUACCGGGCUGUUUGGGAUUCAAACAUGCUGGAGGGCUACAACAUCGUCAAACUCAACGCUCACAACGACAUUGGGUACUACGCGGCGAAGUUCCCCUGGCCGUUGAAGAAUCGUGAUUUCUGCAACAUGCGCUCCUGGAUGGAAUUCACAAACGGCGAAUAUAUUAUUUUUAACCAUUCUGUACCACAUAGUAGAUGUCCUGAAAAGUCAGGGUUUGUUCGCGCGAAAUCGAUUUUGUCGGGCUAUUAUAUUCGCCCAUACAAUGGCGGAACAGGAACGGAGGUGAUCUACGUCACCCAUUCGGAUCCUUGCGGUUCCAUCCCACACACGAUUAUUAACCUCUUCAUGACGAAGGGCGCACCAAUACUGAUCAAUAAGUGCGAGAAGUCUUCGGAGGAAUAUCCUGCAUUCGUUGCCAAGACCUACCCCGCUGGAUACCAUUUUCCCUGGACGACGCCGAAGAUGGAUUGGGAUAGCGAGCUCCUCUACCCGGAAGAUGCGCCUACGGUGGUUGAAACCCCGGCGAAAUCUUCCGAGAAAUCGGAGGAUGGGAAGCUCGCAUCGGAGGGGACAGCAGAAACAGAUAGUAAAGCCAGCACCGCCAUCCAUUGUGCGGAUUUCAACGAGACUGUUGAGGUCCCACAAAUUACCCUAGCACCGGCACCGCCGUCUGGUGAGGGGAAUCCCGAUCCCGUUUCUUUUCAGCAGUAUCGGGCGCUCAUGCAAGAUGCGGUGAGUGUGGUAGAUCGAUACUUUCUCAGAGAGAAGCGUGCACCAAGUACGCGUGAUUACAUUAUACGAGUGAUGUAUAUCAUCGAUGGGUUUCGGAAAAUUGCUGAGACGGCGUAGGCUUGACUUACGCAUCUUUCGGUAGAAAAACACAAGUAAAAGAUUUGUUAAGUUGCUAUUCCCAUGAAAAUCAUACGCACGAAGGUUUUUGUUCACAUGGUGUGUUUCCGUAAGAUUUUCAAUGAUUGAGUAAAAAGGUUCAUUUCUUAUAAAUGAUCAGAAUAGAUCCUCUA